CCCUGUCUCUACAUAUAUCUAUCUCUUCCAUACAAUUAUGUGUAUAGACACAGCUUUCUUUAUUCUCUUAGAUCUGAAAAAGACCAGUUACUCAACCUCAUAUGUCAUUUUACUAGCUCCCAACAAUCACCUUCUUUCAUGAGAAUCACAGGUGAUGUACCCAUCAACACCCUUCCAAUCCUUCCAUCCACAUCUCUUCUUCCUCCAUGCAUGAAACCAUUCAAUUGGUGAUCAUCACAUUCAACUUUCCCUCUGCAAAAGGAAACUGAAAACACAAGUCCCUUAAUUUGCUCCAACCUCUCUCUGCCUCAACCCGACCCCCACCACUUACCAUGUCACCCGAGGACACAUCCCCCGCAAAGCCCGCAAAAGACAGCGACAACAACCAAGGCUCCGGCAACGGUGGUCGGAAAGCCUCCUCCACCGCAAGGCCACCGGAGCAAGGCCUCAAGUGCCCUCGCUGCGACUCACCCAACACCAAAUUCUGCUACUACAACAACUACAGCCUCACGCAGCCGCGCCAUUUCUGCAAAACAUGCCGCAGGUACUGGACCAAAGGCGGCGCUCUCCGCAACGUCCCCAUCGGCGGCGGCUGCAGGAAGAACAAGAAGGUGAAAUCCUCCAGACUCUCGACUGAUUCCAAGGACUCUGGCUCCUCCUCCGAUCACAUUGGCGGUGGCCUGAAAUUCCUCCAUUCUCUUUCACCUUCCAUGGAUUUUCAGCUCGGUGGGAUGCCAUUACCAUUCCCUCGCCUCCAACACCACCCUCCAAUCUACAACCAGUUUUCUUCCUAUCUCGGCGACAGUUCCGCCCCUGCUUCUUCCGGUUUCAACCUUGACCCCUCAAACUCCCUUGCUUCUCUGAACUACCCGUUUUCCACCGCCACCGGAAACGGUUACACCGGCGCCAUACAGGGCAUGAGCGCGUUGAGCGUGAGCAACACACUCGCCUCUAACAUUGAGUCUUUGAGCUCCAUGAACCAGGACUUGCACUGGAAGCUUCAGCAGCAGCGUUUAUCGAUGAUGUUCAGUGGAGAAAACCAGAAAGAAAACAACAGUGUUGUUACACCAGUUAAUACUCUUGAGAACCAGAACCAGAACCAGAGACUUCAACCCAUUUUGUUUCAGAAUCUCGAGCUUUCAAGGACUGAAACUGAUUUCUCCAUUGGGAAUUCCAGAAAAGAAGGGCAAAAUGGGGAUACACCAACUGAGUGGUUUUUUGGGAAUUACAAUAACGCUGCCUCGGUGACUCCUACACCAACCACCACUAGUAGCGGCGGCGGCGCUGGCCAUGAUAAUGUUGGCAACUGGAGUAAUGGGGUUCAUGCCUGGGGUGAUGUGCAGCAGCAGCAGCAGCAGCAAUAUAAUGGUCUGCCCUAGAUUAAGAGGUAGAGCUAGCUAGCUUCAAUUAAAAGCUUAUAUUAGGAAGAAAUUAAUAGGCCAACUCUGCUUAGGUAUAUGUUAAUUUAGUUACUAUGUCUCCUUGUUCUUAGACUUUUGGGUUGGAAAGAUCAUAUAUGUAACAGAUGGGAAAAAUUAAAGACCAUAGAGUUGUGUUCAUAAUUU